AUGCGGUUGUCUUUGAGCUUGGGCCUCUUAGUGGCAGCUCUGACCACGGUGGGGGGUGUCAGCUUGGAAUAUUUGAAAACUGGCCUUGCUAUUGCGGGCGAAAGUAUCCACUCCGAGUUGAGUCGACGGAACGACACGAGCAGCUCUGCUGAACAAUAUGUCUUUGCACACUUCAUGGUUGGCUUUGUCGACGCUUACACGCAAGAGGACUGGACCCGCGAUAUCGAGCUGGCGGCGAGUAAGGGGAUCGAUGGCUUCGCUUUAAAUUGGGACGGUCAAGACGCCAAUGCCCAACAGCUCGCACUCGCCUUCAAAGCCGCGUCAGCAUUGUCAACACCAUUCAAGCUCUUCAUCUCCCCUGAUUUCGUGCAUUACUCUACCGAGGACCAUGAACCAGUCUCCGACCUUCUCAAGUCCUGGAUCACAGAGGAUGCUUACUUCCGGUACAAUGACAAGUCUUUCGUCUCUUCCUUUUGGGGUGAAGGGACAGAUUGGGAAGCUGUCGAGACCGAUGUUGGGCAAGAUCUUUACGUGGUACCGUACUACUACGCCAGUCAGUCUGCCGCUGGGACUAAGGGCGUGGACGGUCUCUUUUCUUGGUCAGCAUGGCCCGGUGAGGGAACCGAAGAUGUUGUCAACCAGAACAUGACCACGGACAAAGACAAGGAAUAUCUCGACCUUCUUGGCCCUCUUGAUAAGACCUACAUGGCCCCUGUGCCUCCCUGGUUCUAUGCCCACCUUCCAGCGUCUACGGGUUACUCGAAGAAUUACUAUCUCUACUCUGACACUCUCUGGCCUACUCGAUGGCAACAGAUCCUCUCUCUCACCAAAAAUUAUCCUGACCAGCUCAAGUUUGUCGAGAUCAUCACGUGGAAUGACUGGACCGACGUGGAGCAAAGAUUUCGACCAUUCUGCUUUCAUGGACAUAUGAUGGGUCCAUUCAUCACUGCGUUCAAAGCUGGUUCGGAAGAUGUAUCAGUCACUGAGAAUAGGCUCGUCUAUUGGUACCGGCCGAGUCUCAAGGACGCAGAGUGCGACUCUACAGACAGCGUUGGAAGCAAGCCUAGUGGCGCCGAAAUGGCAGCCGACUCUAUCUUUGUCGCCGUUGGAGCUGCUACGAUCACAGUCACGUCCGGAUCUUCGACCUCUUCGCAGAUCGUUGACAAGGCAGGCGUCCACACAUUGUCGUUCCCCAUGAAAGCAGGGGCUGUUUCGUUCGAAAUGAAGAUGGAUAACGAUGGGCGAGUGAGUGGGAAUGGAGCUAUCGAAGUGACAUCGGGGUGUUACGUGAGCCAUCGAUCUUUGAAGGUGAUUCUUCUCCUUCCUUCAAUGCUGUUUCUGAAGAGCCUGGUCUUACCUCGGGGCCUUCCAGCUCGAAUAGUGCGGAUACCAUUCAGACCGCAGCCGCGAGCCAUACUACCGGAGUAGAUGGUGGCGUAGUCGCUCUCGCCUCUCCCGAGACGUUGACUAUGUCGGGGUGCGGUAUGUCGGUCCAAGGAAG